AUGUCGACCUCCGAAGAGGGCACCUUCAAAGUGGGCAAUGCGAGCCUCUACACAAAGACCUGGACGCCCACGGGCCCCAUCGUAGCCAAGCUCAUCUUCGUCCACGGCUUCAGCGAGCACAUCAACCGCUACAACGCCUUCUUCUCGACACUCGCCGCGCACGGCAUCCAGGUCUUCUCCUGGGACCAGCGCGGCUGGGGCCGCAGCGCGACUCGCCCCGCGGACAGGGGCCUCACCGGUCCAACGGCGCGGGUGGUGGCCGACGUCGCCGCCUUCAUCCAGGACAAGCUGCAGCAGGCGUCGUCUUCCAAGUCGGACGCGACGCCCGUCUUCGUCAUGGGCCACUCCAUGGGCGGCGGCGAGGUGCUCACGCUGGCGGGCGAUGCGCAGCACCGGCAGCUGGUGGCGCGGGUGCGCGGCUGGAUCCUCGAGGCGCCCUUCAUCGGCUUCUCCAAGGGCGAGGAGCCGAGCGUGGUCAAGGUCGUGCUGGGGCGGCUGGUGGGCAAGCUGCUGCCGCGACAGCAGCUCAAGCAUGUUGUUCCGCCGGAGCACCUGAGCCGCGAUCCCGAGGUUGUCGAGUCGAUCCGCAACGACGAGCUGUGUCACAACACGGGCACGCUCGAGGGAUUGGCGUCGCUGCUGGAUCGCACCGCGGCGCUCUCGUCGGGGCGGGUCAAGCUGGGGAGUGACGUGCAUUCUCUGCUCCUGACGCAUGGCACCAACGACAUGACGUGCAGCUAUGACGCGGCCGUCAAGUUUGUCAAGGAGCAGGAUGCGGUUGAGGAUAAGGAGAUCAAGUCGUAUGAGGGCGCGUAUCACCAGCUUCACGCGGACCACUGCAAGGAUGAGUUUACAAAGGACGUGAUUGACUGGAUUCUGAAGCGGUCCAAGAUUGAGUCGAAGCUAUGA